CUUUGCUUUCCGCCAAGAACGUUUACUCGCUGUCAUGGCAACAUAUCAUAUGCGGAAACAUUGUAUCCUCACUCAGAAAUGUGUUUCUGGCUACUGUGACAGCAGUUUGAUUGUCAGGCGGUGCAAAUGCAUCGGGCACCUGUCCCUCCAGUUGUGUUGAAUGUCUCUUAGCUAAUGAUGGGCAAAAUACACAAAGGAUUGAAUGACAGCUGCAAACUUCCAGGAUACAUAUCAUCAAUACCCACCAAAUACCAAACAGUGGUGAUAAGCAAUGAGGAUAAGAAAGGGUUCUUGUCACAAGCUAAGAGGUUCCUUUCAGAAGACAGUCAGAAUGAAAAUCCAGGGCCAGGCACAUAUAUGUCUCACAGGCCUGCUGAAAUCAGCAGCCCCUCCUUUUCAAAGAAAGGUACAGGAGGCUUUGCAUCCCAGGCUGUCAGAGUUCCCCGUAACCCUCAGAGAGGUAUCCCAGGACCAAAUGCCUAUAACCUGCAGUCCUCUCUGAUCCACAAACACAGCUUCGGCAGGGGAGGCUCCAGAACUUUCCGACUGCCAGUGGCUGUACAACAUGAUGGCCCUAAGAACAAGACACCAGCCCCUAAUCAAUAUCAUGUGUCUUUAGAUGGGGUAAAGCCAAACACGUUAGUGUCCGCUCAAUCAGUAUUUCUGUCAAAAACUGGACGGAGUUCUAUGUGCUCAAACACUCUAAAAGGACCAUCGCCAUGUCACUACAAAGUCAAUGAUGCCAUAACUCAGAAAUGCCCCAAGGUUCCCCUCUCCUGCUUCAAGUCCAACUCUGUGAGGAUCCAGUCCCCUGUGAAUAACCAUGUCCCAGGCCCAGGCACCUAUAGUGCCUACCUGGCCCCAGAGCCAGUCAGGAGAACCAUCCUACCGAGGAGACAUUACCUGGGAAUAUCAGCUCCCCCUCUGAUUCUUCUGAAGAACCCUCCCCUGCCUGGCCCUGGGCAGUAUGAUUUAGUGAACUAUGGAGACCCAACCAAGCACUUCAUGUCCAGUGCCGUGUUUGUUUCUGGGACAAGCCGUUGGACCCAGGAUGUGCGCGGCCAAGGAGUUCCAGGGCCAGGUUACUAUGAACCAGACACAUCAUCAAAGCGGUCUUUCUUAUACAAUUACUCCAACAACUGGAUUCCAGCAUGAAGCACUUGAGGCAACUCACAUUGCUUUUGUGUCGGUGUUUUUGCAUGUGUUCACACCACACUGUGCAUAUAUUUACUAGUGUACUUUAUGUGAAAUUGUAUUGUGGUUGAGUGGCUUGGUGUGGGAGUUUGUUUCUGCAUGUGAGGAAGGUUUUGUACAAUGUUUUCAUGUGCAUUCCAUGUACUGUACGCAUGUGUUUCACUGUGACUAAAGAGAAGGAUACAAAUCACUUCAUAUUCCCAUCUAUUCAGUAAUUGUAUUUCCAAUACAGUGUCUUCAGAAAGCAUUCAUACCCCUUGACUUAUUCCACAUUUUGUUGUGUUACAGCCUCAAUUCAAAAUGGAUUACAUACAUUUUUUCCCACUCCCAUCUACACACAAUACCCCAUAAUGACAAAUUGAAACCAUGUUUUUAGAAAUUUUACCAAAUGUAUUGAAAAUGAAAUACAGAAAUAUCUCAAUAUUCACACCCCUGAGUCAAUACAUUGUAGAAGGACCUUUGGCAACAAUGUUAGUCUUUCUGGGUAAGUCUCUUAAGAGCUUUCCACACCUGGAUUGUGCAGCAUUUUCCCAUAAUUAUUUUCAAAAUUUUGCAAACUCUGUCAAAUUGGUUCUUGAACAUAGCUAAACAACCAUUUUCAGGUCUUGCCAUAGAUUUUAAAGUAGAUUUAAAUCAAAACUUUAACUCGGCCACUAAGGAACAUUCACUGUCUUCUUAGUAAAGAACUCAAGUGUAAUUUAUUGUCCUGCUGAAAGGUGAAUUCAUCUCCCAGUGUUUUACAUUUCAGUCAUUUAGCGGACUCUCUUAUCCAGAGAAAUUAGGGUUAAAUGCCUUGCUCAAAGGCACAUCGGCAGAUUUGUCACCAAGUUGGCUCAGGGAUUCAAACCAGCAAUCUUUCAGUUAUUGACCCAACUUUCUUUACUGCUAGACUACCUGCUGCAAGACUGAAACAACCGACUGAACCAGAUUUUUCUCUACGAUUUUGUCUGUGCUUCUCCAUUACAUUUCUCUUCCCCCCUGAAAAACUCCCCAGUCCCUAACGAUUACAAGCAUACCCAUACAUGAUGCAGCCACCACUAUGCUUGACAAUAUGGAAAGUGGUACUCAGUAAUGUGUUGUAUUGGAUUUGCCCCAAACAUAACACUUUUGUAUUCAUGUUUUGUACUAUUACAUUAGGGCCUUGUUGCAAACAGGAUGCAUAUUUUGGAAUAUUUGUAUUCUUUUUUUCUUCACUUUGUAAAUUCGGUUAGUAUUGUUGAGUAACUACAAUGUUGUUGAUCCAUCCUCAGUUUUCUCCUAUCACAGCCAUUAAACUCUGUAACUGUUUCAAAGUCACCAUUGGUGAAAUCCCUGAGUGGUUUCCUUCCUCUCUGGCAACUAAAUUAGGAAAGAUGCCUGUAUCUUUGUAGUGACUGGGUGUAUUGAUACACCACCCAACGUGUAAUUAGUAACUUCACCAUGCUCAAAGGGAUAUUCAAUGUCUGCUUUUUUAAACCCAUCUACCAAUAGGUGCCCUUUUUGUGAGGCGUUGGAAAAUCUCCCUGGUCUUUGUGGUUGAAUCUGUGUUUGAAAUUCACUGCUUGACUGCGGGACCUUGCAGAUAAUUGUAUGUGUGGGGAACAGAAAUGAGGUAGUCAGUCAAAAAUCAUGUUAAACACUAUUAUUGCACAGAAUGAGUCCAUGCAACUUAUGUGACUUGUUAAGUUCAUUUUUACUCUGGGACAUAUUUAGGCUUGCCAUAACAAAACGGUUGAAUACUUAUUGACUCAAGGCAUUUCAGCUUUUCAUUUUCGUAAACAGUUCUAAAAACAUAAUUCCACUUUGGCAUUAUGGGGUUUUGUGUGAAGGCCAGUGACGAAACAUCUCCAUUGAAUAUCUUUUACAUUUUUUUAUUUUAAUUAAUUGAUUUUGAAUUCAGGCUGUAACAGAACAACAUUUUGAAAAAAUCAAGGGACAUGAAUACUUUCUGAAGGCAUUGUAUCCUUAAGAAGAAACAUGUGUAAGCAUGUUUUGUGUCCAGUAAUGUAGAGAUGAUGGACAGUAAUGGUAGUCCGUGACAACUGCUAGUGCUAUCAUUGUCAGCGGUACACCCCAAUAACAGCUGGGCACACGAGACAACAUAGUCAAAGCAACUGUUGGGGACGUGCUGUGGGGUGGGACACUUGGGAGUGGGUCUGUAUGAGGGAUGGGACACUGAGGAGGGGGUCUGUAUGUGAACAAUGUGCCUGAGCAUGACACAGAGAUAACUUUUAAACCAAAAGACAAAUGGCUGUGUCAGUCAGUCACUCCCUUAUCCCCUCUCUCACUUCAUUGAAAUGUUAGUACACAGUGGCACGACAACCCAUACCCCCAUUAUCCCUUGUCUCCUGUAUAUCAGUUAGUAGUCCCCAUUAGUGGUUGGUUUACAUGAGAAAUUAGCAUGUGCCAGUCCCUUUGACAAGUAGUCUCAUGUUCUCAGUAUUAUGUCUGGAACCUCUGUGUGGUUAUGCCUCUGGUGCAUAUUUCAGGGCAUUUACAUCAUCAGUGGCCCAGAUCAGGUUCUGCCUGCCAAAGCAGUUUCGACCAUCAUAAUGAGUUACAUCUCAGCCUGUUUUGUCUGCCAGAUUGAGUUACACUUGGGACACUUGACCACUGAACAAAUAUGUCAAACUCUAUUACACAGUCCCCACUGGGCACACACUAGUGAAUCAACAUUGUUUUCACAUAAUUUCAAUGAAAUUACGUUGAACCAACGCGGAAUAGACGCUGAAUUGACGUCUGUGUCCAGUGGGUCAUACUGCAACAGAACUUUAAAAUUGUGGUUACAUAUACAGUACCAGUCAAAGUUUGGACACACCGACUCAUUCCAGGGUUUUUCUUUAUUUUACUAUUUUCUACAUUGUAGAAUAAUAGUGAAGACAUCAAAACUAUGAAAUAACACAUGGAAUCAUGUAGUACCCAAAAAAGUGUUAAGCAAAUCAAAAUAUAUUUUAGAUUCUGGAAAGGUAGCCACCCUUUGCCUUGAUGACAGCUUUUUACACUCUCUGCAUUCUCUCAACCAGCUUCACCUGGAAUGCUUUUCCAACAGUCUUGAAGGAGUUCCCGCAUAUGCUGAGCACUUGUUGGCUGCUUUUCCUUCACUCUGUGGUCCAACUCAUUCCAAAACAUCUCAAUUGGGUUGAGGUCAGGUGAUUGUGGAGGCCAGGUCAUCUGAUGCAGCACUCCAUCACUCUCCUUCUUGGCGAAAUAGCCCUUACACAGCCUGGAGGUGUGUUUGGUCAUUGUCCUGUUGAAAAACAAAUGAUAGUCCCACUAAGCACAAACCAGAUGGGAUGGUGUAUCGCUGCAGAAUGCUGUGGUAGCCAUGCUGGCUAAAUGUGCCCCAAAUUCUAAAUAAAUCACUGAUAGUAUCACCAGCAAAGCACCCCCACACCAUCACACCUCCUCCUCCAUGCUUCACAGUGGGAACCACACAUGUGGACAUCAUCCAUUCACCUUCUCUGCAUCUCGCAAAGACACUGCGGUUGGAACCAAAAAUCUCUCAUUUGGAUUUAUCAGACCAAAGGACAGAUUUCCACUCGUCUAAUGUCCAUUGCUUGUGUUUCUUGGCCCAGGCAAGCGUCUUCAUCUUGUUGGUGUCCUUAAAUAGUGGCUUCUUUGCAGCAAUUCGACCAUGAAGGCCUGAUUCACGGAGUCCCCUCUGAAGAGUUAAAAUCAAAUCAAACUUUAUUUGUCACAUGCGCCGAAUACAACAUGUGUAGACUUUACCGUGAAAUGCUUACUUACAAGCCCUUAAUCAACAGUGCAGUUCAAGAAAGAGUUAAGAAAAUAUUUACCAAAUAAACUAAAGUAAAAAAUUAUUAAAUGUAACACAAUAAAAUAACAAUAACGAGGCUAUAUACAGGGUCCUCAUGAUAGCACCUGAUGUUUUUUGCGACUGCAAUUGUAGAAAUUUUACGCAUUGACUGACCUUCAUGUCUUAAAGUAAUGAUGGACUGUCGUUUGUCUUUGCUUAUUUGAGCUGUUUUUCCCAUAAAAUAGACUUGGUCUUUUACCAAAUAGGGCUAUCUUCUGUAUACCAUCCCUACCUUGUCACAACACAACUGAUAUGCUCAAAUGCAUUAAGAAGGAAAGAAAUUCCACAAAUGUACUUUUAACAAGGCACACCUGUUAAUUGAAAUACAUUCCAGGUUACUACCUCAUGAAGCUGGUUGAGUGUAUGCCAAGAGUGUGCAAAGCUGUCAUCAGGGCAAAGUUGGGCUACUUUGAAUAAUCUCAAAUAUAAAAUAUAUUUUGAUUUGUUUAACACUUUUUCUGUUACUACAUGAUUCCAUAUGUGUUAUUUCAUAGUUUUGAUGUCUUCACUAUUAUUCUAUAAACCCUUGAAAAGGUGGGUGUAUCCAAACUUUUGACUGGUACUGUAUAUACAUAUUGAUGAAAGCAAGCACUUUAAUAUGGCUUCCAGCGGACCAUCUGCUAGUGAGUUAUCAGUUGACGAUUUUUCCUGGCCACUCUGCAUUCUCCUCUACUGAUACCACGGCAACUGUAGACUUGGUUGACUCCCACGCUUUAACAGCUGCAUAUAUAUUCAGACCCUGACUUCAAUAUUCUGUCUGCAGAAGCACUCCUUGUAAAACCAAACAACAGUUUAUAAGGCUUUCACUCCCAAACAAAGCUUCUGUCUGAGCUCCCUUUAGUUUUGAGAAAUGAACGUGUUUUUUUUAUUCCUCUGGUCUUCCACUGGUAUGGGAAACUGCUAGGAAGACUGUUACAUCCUGUAAAAUAAAAAUCUUUUAGAGUAGGCUUUAGACCAGGGGUGUCAAACAUGCUGCCCGCAGGCCAGAUCCGGCUCUCGCGGAGGUGGUCCAAUUUGGCCCGAUUUGAGUUAAAAUCAUUGUAUUUAAAAAAUAUUAAAAUAAUAUAAUUGGUUGUGGGGGAAACAUACUCUAUAGUUUUAAAUGACUAAAACCAAAUCGAAACUGUGUAGAAAUCAUAAUGGACCUACAUUCAUACAACAACUACGUCAAUUUUGACGGCGAGGAAAUACAGCCAGACCUCAUUGAAGGCCGAAUGCAGCCCGGGGGGCUAGAUUAGUUUGACACCCCUGCUUUAAGCCUUUAGGAAGCUUUGUGUUAUGGAGCUAGCUCCCGGUGACAGAAUUUCCUGACAUUUAAACUAUUGGCUCAACUAACUGCUCUUGUCUGAGGCCACGGGUGUUGUAAUUGUAGUUCUACAGGGGGCAGAGACACUGAAACACAUACCUCUGUGGUUUUAUGGGAGCUGUCUGAGGUUUAUUACAGUUUGUACUCAAAUUUGAGCAAGUUUAAGCGUGUUCAUUCAAAAGAGCCCUCCCUUGAUACAGCCUUUUGUUGUGAGAGAAGAUAUGUUUGUGCAACGUUUUGCAUUUGUGUGUAUUGUGAGAUCAAAAUGUUUAUUUUCCCCUUUCCCCAUGUACUGUAUAGUGAUUAGCUGUGUAGUGAGAAACCUGCCUGACCCUUAAAAUAUUUAUGAUUUAACACUGA